AAUCCUGGUGAACGACAAUAGAGAGUGGAUAUUUUGCUGUGAAUAAGAAGGGAGGAGGCUGACUGUUGAGGACUUGAGAACUCUUCUGUAGACAGAUCGCUCAACAUGUCGACAAUCAGCACACUCCCGCCAUCGACCGUGCGGAGUCUCGCGUCCGCGCAAGUGAUUCUAACACCGCAGUCCAUAAUCAAAGAACUUGUCGACAACGCGCUCGAUGCCGGAGCAAAAUCCAUUGUUCUUGAGCUCGACCAGACCUGUAUUGCCCACGUGCUCGUGCGCGACGACGGGUCCGGCAUAUCUCCGGGCGAAGACCGCGAGCUCAUGUGUCUGCGGUACACGACCUCCAAGAUUGAGCGGUUCGAGGAUCUGCAGAACGGGAGGGUGGCGUCGUUUGGAUUUAGAGGCGAGGCGUUGGCGAGUUUGGCGGAGGCGGCGGGGAGGAUGGAGAUCACGACGAGGACGAGGGAGGAGGCUAUCGCCGAACGAUGGACUGUACAGAGGAACGGGACUCGAGUAAGCUGCAGAAAAAUAUCUGCACCUCCAGGGACUACGAUCCAGGCCUCUUCAAUCUUCAACCACCUACCCGUCCGUCGAGAGCAAUUCCUCAAGACCUCAAAGAAAUCGCUCGCGACGAUCCGAAGUACUCUGAUCUCCUACGCGCUACUGAACCGCGGCGUGCGGAUCACCGAAAAGAUCGUCAAAUCAGUGAUUGCACCUACUGUGUUUUCGGGCGGAAAGACGCUGAAAGAUGCGGUUACGAGUUGCUUGGGCAGAGAAGUUGCGCAGAGUUCAGAGUUCGUCGAACGGACCUUCCCGGACGGCUGGGUGAUCGAGGCGGUGUUGCCGAAACGGACGCGGACACCAGAGGAGAGCAAAGUUGCGUCGCGCAAGGACUUUAAGCACGUCGUCUACGCGGUCGACGGGCGGGCGUUGUCGAACGCGCUGACGACGGCGAAGAAGCUGUCGUCUGUUACGAAGAGGUUUUUAAGCUCGGAGUACCGUGGGUUGAUUUAUUGUAAUGUCAAGACACCGCCAGAGGAGAGCUGUUAUGAUGUGAAUGUGGAGCCGGGGAAGGAUGAUGUGCUGUUUUUUGACGAGGAGGGUGUAGCUGAGAAGUGGAGUGCAGUUGUGCAGGAGGUUUACAGAAUCGAGGAGGAGGAGGAGGAAGAAGAAGAAGAAGAAGAGAUGGAGAUUGAGAUUAUAGAAAACGGCACAGAUCAACAACGAUCACGGUCAGCGUCAGAGACAGGAUUCGCAGACGAAACAUGGAUGACCUCGAUGCACGACAACUCUGCCGUUCUCGAAGCACUCGACACGUCGGCCGACAACUCGCGCGAGGCAAGCGAUGCGGCAGACGAGAUUGCGGCAGCGCCGGAUGUGGGGUUGUAUAACCCUUGGAUAGCGGCGAAGAUUAACAAGAUCAAUCGGCCGAGUCUGGAGACUCCUGAUACGUCGGCGGAGUUUGUGCGGGCGGUUUCGACGCCGAUGAGUGUGGUUAGGGGGAGGGGUGGGGGCUACAUGACGCCGGAUAGCGCGGUUGUGAGUAAAAAGAGAUGUUUAGAGGAGGAGGACGAUGGAGGGGAAGAGGAGGAAGAAGAGGAGGUGGAGGAAGAAGAGGAAGUGGAGGAAGAAGAGGAAGCGGAAGAAGAGGAACAGAGACCGGUUCACGUACACGUGAAUCGUCCUCCGCCGCGCACAAAUCCCCGACUCGCGACAGUACCCAAACGACGAUCAUUCUUCGUGACAGACACGGAAGUUCCUCCACUUGUGAUUGCGUCCGAGAGCGAAGCGGAAGACGAGGAAGAGCAGCGAAGGAGAGUACGAGCGGUGAAGAGGAAGAAUACGACAGCAACAGCAGGCAAGGUCGACGGACGGAAGAAUAACUCGCCGCACAAGAAUCGACAGGCUGCAGCGCAGAAGAAUCUGAUUACGGCCUAUGCAGGAGUCGGAGGGGGAGGGGGAGUGGGAGGGGGAGUCAACCGGACACUGCUUGAUGAGGGCAGCAAGAGGCAGUCGGGAGUGCCGCUGGAGGAGAUCGAGGAAGGCUACGAGACCUACAGAUAUCUAGUGGAGAUGGAGGUUGAGCCGGGGGUAGCAGAAACACGGGCGGUGCAGAGCAGAGACGUGUACUGGACGGCACCGAAGGAGAGAGAGGUGAAGAUGUGGGAUGGCGAGGAUAUCAGGUCGCUGGCGAUGGGUCUGGCGGGGGCGGAUAAAGUGCUCGAGGCGGCGGUGUCGCGAAUGAGGGUUUUCCGGGGAGAGCAGGGAUGGAUGGUGUUUGGGUGAGGUUGUCGAGGACCCCGCGAUUUCCCAGUUCGAGGGAGGGGAGGCGGGGUAGUUGAUCCGCCGACAUUGCGAACAAUAGGUAGCUAAUUGCAGUAUAAUACAGUACAGUACAAUACAGUACAAUAACAAAAAAGUAAAGAUACAAUAGGAAUACAACACAAUACAAUACAAUAAUUGCAAUAGCAAU